UUAGAAAUGCUGUAUGUAUGGAAGAGGGCAUCAUCAUUACUGCCCCCUCUGUCAUGCAAAGGAAAGAGACUAACGAAAGCUUCGGCUAGCUGCUAUCAGCACUUGCUUAAAAAUGGAUCUACAUGCACAAGAAAAGAAAUCCGAACAGAAAGGGGGCGAUCUAAUGUAGACUAAUUUCUAAAGUAUACUGGUGGAGCCACAGAGAGUAUAGGGAAGCAUAUGUUGGAAGCAUGUAACAAUAACCUAGAGAUGGCCGUCACCAUGUUUCUAGACGGAGGGGGCAUCGCAGAGGAACCCAGCACAAGUGCCAGUUCAGCUGGGGCGUCCAGCAGCAGACAUCCCCCUGUAGAAGAUGAUGUGCGAGCACCCAUUCCUCAGAAGCAGGACAUUCUGGUGGAGCCAGAGCCCUUGUUUGGAGUACCAAAGAGGCGUAGACCAGCACGAUCAAUCUUUGAUGGAUUUCGGGAUUUUCAAACAGAAACCAUGCGACAGGAGCAGGAGUUGAGAAACGGAAGUGCAAUGGACAAGAAGCUGAGCACUUUAGCCGAUCUGUUCCGUCCCCCCAUUGAACUCAUGCACAAAGGCAGCUUUGAGACGGCGAAAGACUCUGGUCAGCUUGAGAACAAAUGGCUGAUGAUCAACAUUCAGAAUGUCCAGGAUUUUGCCUGUCAGUGUCUAAACCGAGACGUGUGGAGCAAUGAUGCUGUGAAAAACUUAAUCAGAGAGCACUUCAUAUUCUGGCAGGUGUACCAUGACAGCGAGGAAGGGCAGAGGUACAUUCAGUUUUACAAGCUUAACAAGUUCCCCUAUAUUUCUAUCUUGGACCCUCGUACAGGACAAAAGAUGGUUGAGUGGAACCAGUUAGAUGUGACCUCAUUCCUGGAUCAGGUCACAGGCUUCCUAUCAGAGCACGGGCAGCUGGAUGGGCAGUCCAGUCAACCUCCGGCCAAACGGGCUCGUUCUGAGAGUUUGAUAGAUGCCAGUGAGGACAGUCAGUUAGAGGCCGCUAUCCGGGCCUCUCUUCAAGAAACACACUACGAGUCCACCCAGGACAAGGCAGAGUCCCGCUCAGAUGACGAUUCAGAAGCCGAACCAUUCACUGACAGCGAAGGCCUGAUCUCAGUGGAUGGUUCAGAUAAUGAAGCCGGCGGAGGGGAGGAUUCUUUAGAUGGACACGUCUCUGCAGAGGUAGCUCCUCCCACCAGGCCGGACAGCCCAGCCCAUCACAGGAAGUCACCACACAAAGAGUUAUGCCACAGGAAAGAGGAGAGUAAGAAGAACCACCUAGAGCCAGUCGGGCUCAGUCACAGUCAGACAGAGUACCAACAGCGGCUGGGAGAAAACCACAGAUCCACAUCACACCAGCCCUCAGAACCUGCCGGCACCAGCACAGCAGAUCCAGACGACAACGGUCCAAAGGCCCGUUUAAUGCUUCGAUACCCAGAUGGCCAGAGAGAACAGAUAGCACUGUCUGCUAAAGCUAAACUCAUGGCACUGGUGAGACACGUUCAGUCUAAGGGAUUCCCCAAUGAACGCUUCGAACUUGUCACCAACUUCCCCCGCCGAAGACUUGCUCACUUGGACUAUGACAUCACACUGCAGGAAGCAGGACUGUGUCCGCAGGAGACUGUGUUUGUGCAGGAGAGGAAUUAGCCCCUCCCCUUGUAGAUAAAUUACACCCCCUCCUGUCCUGUCAUUUGUGCCCUAGAAAGACUGAAUUGACUGUGCCCUGUUACCACUUGUCUUUUUUUCUUUUUCUUUUUUUUUAUAUUAAGUCCAGGAUACUCCGAACAUUUGGUAGUUCAUAGGGACCGUCCCUUGAGCUGCAUUUGUCAACGUAUUUAUUUACAAACAACUUGGCACAUCCCAUCCUAUCUGGGUCUAAUUCUUCAAGACAGUACGUGUCCAUGAGUUACGCUCAUAUUGAUAUGGAAAUUAAAAGGGUUUCACAGA